UUAUUUGUAUGCAGUUUUCCCGCCAAGUCUGAUAUGUUCGUUGGUGAAAAUUCUUCACAAAUUUUUCUCACAGCAGUUACAGCUUCGUGAAAAUAUACUUUUAUGUUUAUUUGAACAGUAAAAUAAUAAUGGCUAGACGUGAUUAUGCUAAAGAUGCUGAAACAAUACAAACUUUUCUAAAAGAAUUCAACAAGGAAGAUAGUAGGGGAAACAAAAUUUUCAAAUAUGUUGAACAAUUAACGAAGCUAGCUCAUCGUGAGAAAAUUGCUCUAUAUGUUGAAUUAGAUGAUGUGAAUGAUUUUGAUGAAGAACUUGGAACUGCUAUAAAAAAUAACACAAGAAGGUACUGCAACCUAUUCUCUGAUGUUAUAUAUGCCAUUUUACCAGAAUUUGUGCAUCAAGAAGUUGUUGCAAAAGAUGCUCUGGAUGUUUAUAUUGAGCAUCGUUUGAUGAUGGAACAACGUUUGAGACAGCCCAACGAACACAGAGACCCCAAAAACAAAUUUCCAUCAGAACUUAUGAGAAGAUUUGAAAUUUACUUCAAGGAUUCAAGUUUGAGCAAAAUACUUCCCAUCAGGGAAGUCAAAGCAGAAAGUAUUGGUAAAUUAGUAACAGUACGUGGAAUUGUUACUCGAAGUACUGAAGUAAAGCCUUUGAUAUCUGUCGCAACAUAUACUUGUGAUCAAUGUGGUGCUGAAACAUAUCAGCCUAUAGCUUCUAUGAGCUUUAUGCCUAUCAUCUUGUGUCCUAGUGAAGACUGCAAAGUAAAUAAGUCCGGAGGAAGGUUGUACCUCCAAACUAGAGGUUCAAAGUUUGUAAAGUUCCAAGAGCUUAAAAUUCAAGAGCAUAGUGAUCAAGUGCCAAUUGGCCACAUUCCUAGAACAUUAACAAUAUUCUGUAGAGGUGAAAACACACGUCAAUCAUUGCCUGGUGAUCAUGUUGCUAUUACUGGGAUUUUCCUACCUAUAGCUAGAGCUGGUUAUAAACAGAUAAUUGGAGGUUUGGUAUCAGAAACCUACCUUGAAGCACAUCACGUUGUUUCAUUGAAUAAAGCUGCUGAAGAUGAAGAUGCUUCUAAUAUGUUGACCCAAGAGGAACUGGAAGCUCUUACUGAUUCAGACUUUUACAAUAAAUUGGCUACAUCUUUGGCACCUGAAAUUUAUGGCCACCUUGAUGUGAAGAAGGCUCUCUUACUUCUUCUGGUUGGCGGAGUUGAUAAGAAUUCUGAUGGGAUGAAAAUUAGGGGAAAUAUAAAUAUUUGUCUUAUGGGAGAUCCUGGUGUUGCCAAAUCCCAACUCUUGAACUAUAUUGACCGGUUGGCUCCCAGAAGUCAGUACACUACUGGAAGAGGGUCUUCUGGUGUUGGUCUCACAGCAGCAGUUAUGAAAGACCCACUGACUGGAGAAAUGAUGCUGGAAGGAGGAGCUCUUGUACUAGCAGACAAAGGCGUUUGUUGUAUUGACGAAUUUGACAAAAUGGCAGAUUCUGACCGUACAGCUAUUCAUGAAGUCAUGGAACAACAAACUAUUAGUAUAGCAAAGGCUGGUAUCAUGACAACACUCAACGCAAGAGUGUCAAUUCUGGCUGCAGCCAAUCCUGCAUAUGGUCGUUAUAACCCAAAAAGAACAGUAGAACAAAAUAUUCAACUACCUGCAGCCCUCCUUUCACGUUUUGAUCUUUUGUGGCUUAUCCAAGACAAAGCUAAUCGUGAAAAUGACUUAAAAUUAGCUGAACAUAUAACAUAUGUUCACCAACAUAACAAACAGCCAGAAAUGGAAGUAGAUGCAUUAGACAUGACACUUAUGAGGAAAUACAUUGCUUUGUGCAAAUUGAAACAGCCUGUUAUACCAGAAUCUUUAACAGAUUAUUUAGUUGCUGCCUAUGUUGACCUCAGGAAAGAGGCUAGAAAUUCCAGAGAUAUGACUUUUACCUCUGCCCGAAACCUCCUUGGAAUCCUUCGUUUAUCUACUGCUCUUGCUAGGCUACGUCUUUCUAAUAUUGUCGAGAAAGAUGAUGUCAAAGAAGCCAUUCGUCUCAUGGAGAUGAGUAAGGAUUCUCUGAAUCAAACAUUUGAGCACAAAGGAUUCAGACCCCCAAGUGUUAACGAGAAGAUAUUUUCAAUAAUUAGAGAAUUAGCAGGAGAAAGUAAUACUGUUAAAAUAAGUGACAUAAUGGAAAAAUGUGUUAGUAGAGGUUACACUGAUCAACAAAUAGAAACCUGUAUUGAUGAGUAUGAAGAACUAAACGUAUGGCAAGUGAACCAAUCAAAAACCAAAAUCACAUUCAUUUAAGUCUUGAUUUAAUUUUUCAUUUUCUACAUCACUAGAAUAGUAUUUAGUGUCCUAAGUUCAUUAUUGUAUUCACAUUUUGAAUAAAUAUUUACAUAAUUAAA